GGGCAGGUGGAGCCAGCUGUGGGCGGGUCUCAACUUUUCGCUGCUUUUCCUCCGGCGCGCCUAUAGAAACUCUGCGCGGCGCCUCCUCUCCUGCUUCGUGUCUGGAUUGCAGUUGCUUCCGGCGGAGUCUUGCUGAAAGAAGAUAAUCAUGGCUUCUGUCUGGGUUGGCACUAGAGGGACGAUACGAGAUUCCCCAGGCUUUAAUGCAUCAAGAGAUGCUGAGGCAAUUCGGAAAGCAAUACGAGGAAUAGGAACAGACGAGAAGACACUGAUCGACAUCCUUACGACGAGAUCAAAUGCUCAGCGACAGCUGAUUGCCAAAGAGUAUAAGGCAGUUGCAGGAAAGGAUCUAAAAGAUGCCUUGAAAGGUGACCUGUCAGGCAAUCUGGAGCGUGUUAUUGUGGCUCUCGUCAUGCCUCCAGCAGUUUUUGAUGCUAAACAACUGAAGAAAUCCAUGAAAGGUACUGGAACGGAUGAGAAAGCGCUGAUUGAAAUCCUUGCCUCUAGGAGCAGCAAACAAAUGAAAGAAGUAGGCCAGGCGUAUUAUACAGUUUAUAAGAAGAGCCUUGGGGAUGACAUCAGCUCCGACACGUCUGGUGACUUCAGAAAAGCCCUCUUAACUCUAGCAGAUAGCAGAAGAGAUGAAAGUCAAAGAGUGGAUGAACAACUUGCUAAGAAGGAUGCGCAGAUCCUGUAUAAUGCGGGGGAGAAGAGAUGGGGGACCGAUGAAGACAAAUUCAUCGAGGUCCUCUGCUUCAGCAGCUUUCCUCAGCUGAAACUAACCUUCGAUGAAUACAGAAACCUCGGCGGAAAGAAAAUAGAAGACAGUCUCAAGAGUGAAUUGUCAGGACACUUUGAGGACCUGCUGCUGGCCAUCGUGAAAUGUGCAACCAACACUCCAGCGUUCUUUGCAGAAAGGCUGCACAGGUCUUUGAAGGGGGCUGGAACCGAUGAGUUCACACUGAACAGAAUCCUGGUGUCCAGGUCAGAAAUUGACCUCUUGGAUAUUCGUGCUGAAUACAAGAAGUUGUAUGGACGAUCCUUGUAUUCUGAUAUUAAAUCUGACACUUCGGGGGAUUAUGAAGCCACUUUGCUCCGGAUUUGCGGGGGAGACGACUGAUGGGAGCGCAAACUUGGGGCAAAGUGCUGAAUUCCGGUGUUUCCUGCCACACUCUGCAGCUCUUACUCGGGAGCUUUUAAAUGUUUAAGCGAGUGUAAAAUUGCCAACACUUCUUUUGAUUGCUUUCUCAUUAGGCUUCUUGUAACAAACAGGUGCUUAUUUUAGUGCAGCCCUCCAGGCUCUCGAUGAUGCUCCUUUCACCACACACUGUGACUCGGAGGAAAAACUGCACAAGAAAUUGUACGGGCCAGAUCUAGCCAGUGAUCCAUUGCUGACGCCUGCGCAGCUGGAACCUGUUUGCAAAUAGUUAAAGGGAUAAAGUGGCGAAUUGUGCGUUUCCA